AUGGAGGACACGGCAAACACCCCGGGCAGUCAGAUGCGCCAGCCCAAGAAGAGAUUCGUCGGUCGACGCACUGCCGAAGCCCAGGCCCAAAAGGACGCCACGAGCCAGAAUGAUGUCGAAUCCACGGCAGUGCAGACAGCCGCUCCAAGGAGGACUCCGCGAACCCUGAAUCAAGUGCCUCCAGAAAUCCUAAAUGACCCAGAGAUCCAAGCCGCAAUCGAGCUUCUCCCCAAGAACUACUCCUUCGAGAUCCCCAAGACGAUCCACCGAGUCCGCUCUUCAGGAGCCAAGCGUGUUGCGCUGCAGUUCCCGGAAGGAUUGUUGAUCUUUGCGACCACUAUCUCGGACAUCCUUACACAAUUCUGUCCCGGCAUCGAGACGUUGAUCAUGGGUGACGUGACAUACGGUGCAUGCUGCAUUGACGACUACACGGCACGAGCCCUGGGAUGCGACCUUUUGGUCCACUAUGCCCACAGCUGCUUGAUCCCCGUGGAUGUGACCAAAAUCAAGACGCUAUACAUCUUCGUUGAUAUUAGCAUCGACACUAGCCACCUCAUCGCUACUCUCGAGCGCAACUUUAAGCCCGGUCAAACCAUCGCCACUGUGGGCACCAUCCAGUUCAACGCGACUCUACACGGACUCAAGGCGGUUCUGGAGCGUGCCGGCUUCCGUGUUGUGAUCCCGCAAAUUAUGCCUCUCUCCAAGGGUGAAAUUCUGGGUUGUACCUCGCCCCAACUGCCCGAGUCCGAGAUUGACGUUCUUCUCUAUCUGGGCGAUGGCCGCUUCCAUCUUGAAUCUGCAAUGAUCCACAACCCCACCAUCCCAGCAUACCGAUAUGAUCCUUAUUCACGGACACUCACCCGUGAAUCGUACGAUCACGACGAAAUGCACACCAUUCGCCGAGAUGCCAUUGCCACUGCCAAGUCAGCUAAGAAAUGGGGCAUCAUCUUGGGGUCGCUUGGACGUCAAGGCAACCCCAACACAAUGGCGAUGAUCGAACGCCACCUCGCCGAGCGAGGUAUCCCCGUGGUGAAUCUUUUGUUGAGUGAGAUCUUCCCCGGAAAGCUCGCGUCCAUGUCAGACGUAGAGUGCUGGGUACAGAUUGCCUGCCCACGGUUGAGUAUUGAUUGGGGCUAUGCCUUCUCCCGGCCAUUGUUGACCCCAUAUGAAGCACUCAUCGCUUUGGGAGUCCGUGAGAACUGGGACAAGGCCAACAAUGGUAUUUACCCAAUGGACUUUUAUGCCAAGGAGGGACUGGGUCGAACCAAGCCCGAGCAGGCCAUUCGUGCGGCUUGA